GGGGUUUCCGCCAAUGGUCUCAUUCCCUCCCCGAAUGGCGUUAUCCUGCAGCCUCCGGUCAUGAUCUUGACGACCUCGAGCGGCGCCCGCUCGCCUCGCCCACCGCCCGUUCUCCCUUUCUCCCUGCCGACGGUAUGAUCUCGUCGAUGCAAAUAAAACCCCACUGACCCUCAAAGACGCGAUGGACGCGCCCCAGAGCCCCAAAUCCGACCCGGAGGGGGCCUCCGGGGGUACUAGCCGCCCGGAUGAUCCCCCGGCGCAGUCUCCCUACGAGGCCCGCGCCGCGGUCCUCAACCGCGCCAUCCAAGCCAUCGGCAUGGGUCGCUACCAGUGGCAGCUGUUCGCCGUCAUCGGAUUCGGCUGGGCCAGCGACAACCUCUGGCCUAUCGUUACCUCGCUGAUCCUCGUCCCUGUGUCCUACGAGUUCCCCGGCCCGGAGCCCGAGCUGCUGACGCUAGCCCAGAAUAUCGGACUGCUGAUCGGGGCCCUGUUCUGGGGCUUCGGAUGCGACAUCUUCGGUCGCCGCUGGGCCUUCAACCUCACCAUCGGCAUCACGGGCCUGUUCGGCCUGAUCGCCGCAGGGUCACCGUCCUUCCGCGCCAUCGCCACCUUCGCCGCCCUCUGGUCCGUCGGCGUCGGCGGCAACCUCCCCGUCGACUCGGCCAUCUUCCUCGAGUUCCUCCCCGGCUCACACCAAUACCUCCUCACCGUGCUGUCCAUCCACUGGGCCCUCGCCCAGCUGCUAGCCACCCUCGUCGCCUGGCCGCUGAUCGGCCGACAAACGUGCGCCUCCGCCGAGACGUGCACCCGCGCCGACAACAUGGGCUGGCGAUACUUCCUGAUCGCCAUGGGCGGGCUAGCCGUCGUCAUGUUCGUCGCGCGGUUCCUCUUCUUCACCCUCUUCGAGUCCCCCAAGUACCUCAUGGGCCGGGGUCGCCACGCGCAAGCCGUCGCCGUCGUCCACGAAGUCGCCCGUCGUAACGGCCAGCCGUGCCAUCUCACACCCGACGCGCUCGACGUGCUCGCCGAUGACCACCCAGAUCGCCCAGCACCAUGGUCGCAGCGACUAGGCCGACACCUCGAGCCGCUGGCCCUCCCGCACGUACGGGCGCUGUUCCAAGGGCGGCGACGCGCGCUCGCGACCACCCUCCUCAUCGCCAUCUGGGGGCUCAUCGGCCUCGGAUACCCGCUGUACAACGCUUUCCUGCCCUUCCUGCAGCAGACGCGCGGCGUGCAGUUCGGCGAUGGCUCCAUCGACCAGACCUACCGCAACUCGCUGAUCAUCGCGGCCGUAGGCGUGCCGGGCAGCCUGCUGGGCGGGUACCUGGUGGAACAGCCACGAAUGGGCCGACGGGGAUCGCUGACAGUCGCAGUGCUAGCGACAGGGACAUUCCUCCUUGCAUCAACGACAGCGCGCACAUCAGCCGCCCUCCUGGGCUGGAAUUGCGCGUUCAGCUUUGCGAGCAGUCUCAUGUACGCCGUGCUGUACGCGUACACGCCGGAGAUAUUCGACACGCAGCACCGUGGGACGGGCAAUGCGCUGGUCAGCGCGGCGAAUCGGGUGGGGGGCAUCCUGGCGCCGAUUAUUGCGCUCGUGUCGGAUAUGCGGACCAGUGUGCCGGUUUGGGUGAGUGGGGGGUUGUUUUUGGCUGCUGGGGGGUUGGUUAUGUUGAUUCCGUAUGAGACGCGGGGGAAGAUGGCUAACUAGUUUCUUCUGUAUUACCUUUUUAUCCCUUCAUUCUUGG